CGAAGGGAACGAAGAGAGGCGGGUGUGUGGCGCGGUCGCGGUUGCAAAUAUCAGAGCUGGUGAUGCUGAUGGGUAGAGUGUUGUCGGGAGAGAGUGGUGGGUCGGUAGACAGAGAGAGAGAGAGAGAGGUGGUGGAGGGGGAUUACAGGACAUGACAUGAUGUUCUUGGGAGUCGAGGGAAGCGUUGCUCAUGACUGAUUCGAGGGGAUGAGUUUGUUGCUCGUAGGUGUGUGAGCAGUGGGAGAGAGAGAAGGUAGGUGUGGUCCGGGGAGAGCGGAAGUUGUGUGGGGAGAGGCGGUGGCGGGCAGGAGGAAGAGGGGGAGGGGGGGGGGGGGGGGGGGGGGUGGGUGAGUAGGUAGGAGGAGAGAACGGUCCGAUUAUGUCCUCGUGUGCUCGGGGUUUUGUUGACCUCCAUAGAAAACGACGAGCUCCGGCUAUGGUGGCCGAGUGAUUACCACUCCCUCUCCUCGGGGCAAGUUGUGGUUUCUGUGCGUAUCGGGCAUGUCUUCUGUAGCAAUCCAUUCGUCACCUUUCUUUCCCUUGCGUUAUUCACUUCUCUUGUCUGCGCUGAAAGGAAGGGCUCGACUCAAUACCGAGAGCGGACGGUUGGGAUGGGGGGGUGGGGGAGGGAUGAAGGCAGAGGAUAACGGGUCGUAGUAGCGUGUGAAAGACAAGGCAAGGCGAAGGAGUCGUAAUGUGUCUGUUCAUCGGGGUGCAAAGGACAGGGUGGUGGGAGGGCAGGGGGAAGGUGGACUAGCGUCCGGCAGCUUCCUGAUGGGGAGAGAAAAGAAGGGGAGGUGGUAGAUGUUAGUUACUUCUGUAGUUAAGAGGAUUCGCUAGCAGUUGAGCAUUGAGCUCCCCACCUCUCUUGCAGCACACAAGUUGUCUUCUUGAAUAAUUGUCUACACAUUUCGAAUUACCGAGUCUGUGGGUGUGUUUAUAUAAGAGAGAGAGAGAGAGAGAGAGAGGUAAGUAGGAGAGCAAUCGAAAUGUUGCUCGACUCCUUUUGUGCGCCGACUAUGGAUGCAAGAAGGAAGUCUGUCACAAUCACCGCGUAGAAGAAACUCGGCGUUUCUGCGACCGCGUUGUGUCGUAUUCGCUUGUCGUUGAUAACAGAAUUCUUGAACGAUCUCUCUUUUUUGAACUAUCCCUGUUGGUUAAUUUAGGGGUUAUGACCUUUUUUCUCCCUCCGGUAGCGUGCGGGAAAGGAAGAAGCCAAGCGUGUUUUCUCACGUGGCCUUUAAACACACACCAAGAGGGAUAGCCAGCCAGCGAGUGAGCUGUGGGGCGGGCUAGAUAAGAGGGAGUUUUUAGUUCGGUUGGUGAAGAUUAGUUCUGGGAUUAUCGACGGGGGCGAGAGAGGGAGAGAGAGGGGAGAGGAGGGACGGUAAAGUCCCCGGGGUUUGUAAAAGUUCGAUUACUUGCUUGUGUAGGGUAGGUAGGAGAGAGAGAGCACAGCUUGGCAACAGGCUUUGUCAGAGUAUUUAAGAAGAGAAGAAGUUAAGGUAGAGUAGCAGCAGCAGCAGCAGAGAAUAAGGAGAACAAAGAGUAGGUGGAGUGGGGCGCUGCAGGUCGAGGGCACAUUCGCAGUUCUCGACGAACGAGAUGAUGAUGAUACAGCUGGAAGAGUUGACGGGUCUAAGCAGUCGGGUAACGGGCGGGAAUGGAGGGGGGGGGGUAGUAGUAGGAGGGGGAGGGGGGGGAGGGGGGGGCGGGCAGUCAGGCUCCCCAACGAAUAUCCAUGGGGGGGGGGGUUCUUCCYCCUGCACCGAUACCGACGAGAGACGAGACGUGUUAUCUUCCGUUGGGGGGGGGGCCGGCGCGGGGUGCGAUGACCGCCCUGAGGGUGCCACGAGUCAUCACGAGAGCUCUGCUGAGGGUCAGCUCUGUCUUAACUCCCUUUCUGCGGAUGAACGGCGGAGCUCUGUAAUUACCACUGCCACGUGUCCUGCAUCUGUGGCUUGUCCUUCUUCUUGUCCCAACUCUGUCGCCGGGCUUUCGAAAUCCUCUUCCAUCUCGAAUGGCAACGGCGCGAACACCACAGGCAACAAUAACAGCAGUAGCAGUAUGACCAAGAAAGGGGGGGUGCUGGAUUCCAGGCUAUGGCACGCAUGCGCGGGGGGGAUGGUGCAGAUGGCGGGAGUGGGGACGAGGGUGGUGUAUUUUCCGCAGGGGCACGCGGAGCAAGCGGCGACGCAGGUGCCAUUUGCGCCGGGUCAGCGGGCGGCAAUUCCCUGUCGGGUAGUGAAUGUGGACUACCUUGCGGACCCGGAGACGGACGAGGUGUUCUCGAAAAUCACCCUUCGGCCGGAGACGGAGAGCUGCAACUCCUCUUCGUCGGGGAUACUCUCGCCGACGACCUGCUCGCAUCAGCAGUUGAAAGCCGCCGGCAAUCUCGGAUUAGCGAUGGGAGGAGGGGGAGGAGGGGGAGGGGGAGGUGUGUUGGGCACGAGCGGUACAAGUGGAGGUGUAGGACUAGUAGGAGCCGGCGCAAGCGGCGCUGGGUGUAAUGGCGGAGUAGGGGAGAGAUGCGCCGCCGCCGGCAGCGCUGGCGGCGGCGGCGGCGGCGGAGGUGGGGGCGGUGGUUGCGACAGAGGAGGUGCGCCGACUAACUCUUUUCGAAGCGUGGCCGCGAGCUCGGCGGCGGCUGGCGCAGCUGCAGAUGAAGAGAGCUCUGGGGCCGUUGAGGAGCAGACGAAGCCCAUGUCGUUUGCCAAGACCCUCACUCAGAGCGAUGCCAAUAACGGCGGCGGCUUCUCUGUUCCUAGGUACUGUGCGGAGACCAUUUUUCCGGCCUUGGAUUACAGUUUGGACCCGCCGGUUCAAACUCUUGUGGCUAAGGAUGUUCACGGGGAGACGUGGAAGUUUCGCCACAUCUACCGCGGAACUCCGCGCCGCCACCUUCUCACGACCGGAUGGAGUACCUUCGUCAACGCGAAGAAAUUGGUGGCGGGGGAUGCGAUCGUCUUCCUGCGCAGCGCGUCGGGGGACUUGUGUGUGGGAGUCAGGAGGGCGAUGCGAGAACCGGGCAGCGCAGAUGCUGCCACGUGGCAUUGCUCUUAUUCGCCUAGGAUUCCCAGGUAUGCGAUCAAAGGUGGGGAUAUGUACAGCUCCGCGGAGGGGGUGGCGGGCGCGGCGGGGAUGAUGGGCAUGGGGAUGGUCGGGGUGGGGAGGCGCGGAGGCAGUAGCGCUCGUAAUCGAGCAAGAAUAACGGCGGACUCGGUGCUUGAGGCUGUGGCGCUUGCGGCGCAAGGGAAAGUGUUUGAAGUCGCCUACUACCCAAGGGCAAGCACGGCGGAAUUCUGCGUGAAGGAGCAGUUAGUGCAGAACGCUGUGAUGCAAUCUUGGCAGGUCGGGAUGCGAUUCAAGAUGGCCUUUGAGACAGAGGACUCCUCCCGCAUCAGCUGGUUCAUGGGGACCAUUUGUAGAAAGGAGGAUGCGGAUCGGGACAUGUGGCCGGGAUCCCCAUGGAGAUGCUUGCAGGUCGGUUGGGAUGAUCCUGAGCUGCUCCAGGGGGUUGGAAAGGUGAGCCCAUGGCAAGUGGAGUUGGUGACAACGGUCCCAAUGCCGCUGCCAUCCUUUACGGCGGGCGGUCCAAAGAAGAAGCUUCGGACGGGCCCGGGACCAGGAGGAGGUAGUUGCAUGGAGAACGGGCAAAGUUUUAUGCAGCUCGCUGGAUCUGGGAUUGCAGGAUCGUCCACCACGAGCACACCGACGUCGCCUUCCCUCUCAGAUCUUCAGCGAACGUCAUCGGCUAUCACUGUCGCAAGCAGUGAUAGUCGCCGGCUCUCCCUGCCUUCCGCCGAAGAGUAUUACUCGCCGCCUCGAUCAACGGGUGCAGGGCUUGUUCCACUGCUGGCGGGCCCCGACAGCCUGAUUCCUGUCAAUGUAUCCCCGCCGCAGCUUCAGCCACGACAACAAUCGCAGCAGCCAAUCCUUUUGUUUGGCACGGUGAUCGACAACGUGUCUGGGCUGCAGAGUCCUCACGGCGGCGUUGUGAACACUCGGCUGAUCGAGUUUCCACCUCUUGCGAAGACGGGAACCAGACAGCAGCUGGAUUUGAGUGCAGCCAGCGAUCUCUUCCCGAUCUUGAAGUACAUCAAUCAGCAGCAGCACAGCGAUAUCAGCAGGGUUGGUACAGAGUGGACGUUUGAUUCGAGAGCGGGAAGUGACUCCGUGCGGAUGAGUUCAACGUUCCAAGUCGGAACGACGGCGCAGGGAAGCAUGAUGGGAUCGGGAUUCCAUCAUGGUUCUGACGGUAGUUGGGGUCGGGACAGCUGGCGGAAAGGGUCGAUGAUGGGCUGGGACACGCCGGCAAUCGAAGAGCAUUUAUUCUGCAAGAUCUUCAGAGGUGGAGAGCUUGUUGGGCGCGCGGUGGACCUCGGCAAGUUCUCAAAUUAUGACCAGUUAUGCGCCGAGCUUUCUGUAAUGUAUGGGAUUGAUCGACAUGAGCUUCAGAAGAACAUGGCAUACAGAGACAGCGAGGGUCACUGGGUGCUUGUCGGCGACGAACCGUACAGGCACUUUGCGGGGACGGCAAGGAAGGCGAUGAUAAUGUCGACAGGUGGUGACCAUCCGGCUGUUCUAAUGGAAGCCGGGCUUGCACGAUAGGGAUACACAGACACUCGUGGUGCGACAUAUAUAUAUAUAUUCAAUUUAGUUUCUUCUCUGCGAGAAGGGAAGAUAGCACGACUGGAUCUUGUUAUUGCAGUUCUCUCUACCAUAUCUUGUUCGCGGGGCAAACUUGAAAGGUUUGGUAGGAGGACAACACUGCGGCAGGCAGGUCACAUUUUGGCGAGGACAACAGUUUGUAGGCGCGGUUCUAGAACGGCGAUGGGUGUCCUCAUCCCUAAUGUGCAUAUGGGCAUUCACUCUUUUAAAUGGUGAAAGGCGAUUGCCAAGUUGAGUUCACAUGUGGGAAGGCCGAAUCCGCAGGAGGACUGCGAAGCUUUGGAGGUGGGCAGUUGCAUGUCUAAGUGCGUACCUUGCUGGUGUGGUUGCUGCAAGAGGAAGAGGAGGAAAGUAAUGAGCUGCGGGAGUACAUCUUUCUGAUGGUGUUAUCUCGCGCAUUGGAGGGUGCUCUGCGUCUGAAUCUGGCCAAUCGAUCCCUGGUUACUCUCAACGCCUUUGCUUAGAAAGGGUGUCGGGAAACGCUGAAUGAUGGCCUUCGUCAACUGUCAGCUUGUGGUUCGUAACACUUCGUGUCACCGUGAGCUUGUGGGCCGUCGUCGUUUCAAAUGAGAGAGGGCAAUCUUGGAUGGGCUGGCAGCGGAUGGAAUGUGUCUCUAUUCGUUUGAGUCUCCUUCUGUAGCAGGACAUGUUAAGGAUGUGACGAUCGGACACAAGAAUGCUCAGUGCUGACGGGUACGCUGUACCGUAGGCAAAUAAGCAGGGAAGGAAAUCUGAAAGGCAAGAAACUCGAUGGCCUGGCCGCCUUGAGAUUGAGUGUGUGGGUCGGCGGCCGGAUGCCGCAUGCAAUCAGGGGCAGAUUGUCCGCUAGUGAUCGACGUGGAGAUCAGCGGAUCGUUUCGCUCGUCUGUUUCCGGCUACGGUGUCUGUGGAGCGGCCCUUCUAGCGUGCCUGCAAUUCGUUGUUCGAUGAGGUGACUUGGGACUCGCAAAGCACAUGGGAAAGGACAGACCGACAAGUAGAAACUAAAUGCGAAGGACUGCAGCGGGUAUAUAGCGGUUAUCGAGUGGUUUACCCUCUGGAUACGCUUAGUUCAAUUGAAACUGAUACCAAUCGACUGAUGGGGUGGAAGUUACUUUUACCGGACCGGAUUGGUACCAAUCGACGGACCUUUCGCCAACAGAGGAGGAUCAGGGAACCAGUUUGGUUUAGGUAGGAACGGAUGAACUGGGUUCUGAUGGACGUGUAACUUAACCAGCCGGGUACGGAUCGAAGAAGUUGGUGGAGGGUAUCGGUACGGAAGCAGGUUGUAGUUGGACGUAUUUGGUUCCAAUCUUCGGAUGCAAAAUGAACUCGUACCUGAGCUACCUGGGGUGCAGUCUCUGAAGUUGUAUAGAAGCAAGGAAGAAGCCAUGGGCUGAGCUGUGCAGUGCAUUAAUCAGCUGAUGAAUGUCGGAGUAGAUGAGUAGCGUUGUUGUGCAAGAUGGUAGUGCAGGGUGCCUAUUUGAGCAGCAGCUUGGAGGUAGCGAUCUUCACGCGUACAGGCCACAUGCGACUGUAGCAUAUGCGAAACUUCCUCGAAGGGAACAUGAUGCAGCGGAGGCAAACGAGGAGGGGAACCGAUCGGGAGAAUGGUUAGUCAGGAAGUUCCUCGAAGGACGUCAAUCGAAAUAACGGAGGACAAAAAAGCAAGAACGCAAGUAGUAUGGGUGAAGACUGACUGAGCUUGUACACUAUAGAACUACGGAUGCUUUCUUGUCCCCCCACCCCACCCCACCCCACCCCACCCCACACUCACGAUGCUUCCGACCGUCCUGAUCCACUUUUUUUGCGCAUUUGAUUAUUUUUGCCGAGCUCCGUUUCACUCUUUAACCGUCGUUCGUCGAUCUCACGACGCUCCGUUACCUCUGUGAGUACUCUCUUAUCCCAACUUCACCAAAUUCAUCACCCGCUUUCCCCCUUUCUCUCGUUCCUACGCUUUGCUGCAGAACCAGGUAUUGCCGCCUGAAAGUCUGCUGUGCACACACCCAACCUUUUUUUCAGCUGUUUCGACACUGGAACACGCUGACUGUUUGUUGACGAGUCCCACGUUCGCAAAUGUCUGCCAUGUCCCAUGUAAACUUUGAAUUGCUCUUCUGACUGUCGCGUUCUGUCGCGUUCUGCUGUGAUGAUGUCACUGUAUUGAAGGACAGAAAGAUACCGAACAGGUACCACCAUGUAGCGCUGACUAACGAUUCUUGGGGUCGAGUCCCAUCCAUCGCCUAUUGUAAAUGCUAGGUGAUAGUUUGGUUGAGUUCCGAAAUUCAUUUUAGAAAUUUAGAGGUCUUUUAUUCAGAGUUUUUCUCUUUCGUUUUUUGUUUUUUUGUUUUUGUUUUUUUGUUUCAGGAAUACUCAUUUCGUGAGCUGUAUCUCAGGCUGGUGGUCCCGUCUGUGAAAUUAACUACCUUUCGUCAACCCUGCCCUUGCUCCUGCAAUCUCCCCCACCCCUCCCCUCCCUCCCACCUCCUACCUGCCCCCAACCCAACCCAACCAGACCCACCCACCCUUGAUUCCCCGAGGGAUCAUUCUCCUUACCUGCGCCCUUCUUCGCUUUACAGCUCGAGUCCGUAUCUCUGCUCGUGUACCCCUUGUUAAUGCAAACGUACCGUAGGUCUGACUGAGCCCAUGUCAACGGUGCGCACAACCAGCCAGAUGGCAGAUGACAUGGGCUCAGAAUUCUUUCCACCUACACAUGUUGGUCUUGAUUCUAGCAAAAGGGUGGGGGGGGGAGGGGAGGAGAGGGGAGAGGGGAAAACAGCUGGUGGCGUGUUCGGCCAGUUUGUGGAUUGAUGGUUGUGCAAUCUGGUUUGGAUAUGUCCAACAUCUCUCCGCUUAUAGACCUGCAAGUCUUUGGUUCUCUCUCCGAUAUCAAACAAUUUUCAAGACAGGACUUUUCUUUUCCACUUUUUGGGCAGACACGGAGGGACAUGCUUCUCAGCUGUUCUGUGGUUGACGUGGCAACAGGUCUCCUGUUUUCUGCUCUUGCGUCUCGCUUGUUGCACCUCCGUCGUCCCGCCUUCUCCGUAAGCCCUCCCUUUCCUUUGCCUGUCAAACCUUUUCCUUUUUAGCACACGCUGAUCUUUUCCAUCGGCUUCUCUGCUGUGCUGUGCUGUGCUUUGCUUUGCUUUGCUUCUUCUUGUCCCUUUCUUGCUCCUUUUCGCUCUCUUGGCUUGUCUCAGCGAUCGUACAUGCCUCCAUGUCUCCAUUCGCAUCGACGCACGAGCUCCUCUCUUCGCUCUCCGACCCGCCUUGUCCCUUUCUUACCUUUCUUUUGCUUCAUGGCGGCGUUGGUCAUCAUACCUUUCUUUUGCUUCAUGGCGGCGUUGGUCAUCAUUUCGCCGUGUCCUUUCUGCUGUCUUCAUGCUUACGGUGCUGCCAACUCUUCCUCCCUCCCUCCCUCCCUCCCUCCCUCCCUCGGCUUUCUUCCUUCCCUAAUCGUACGUCUCCUCUCCUUCCUUCGCUUUUCCUGUUUUUCUUUCAUUCCCCUUGUGCUCCGGUUACUCUGAUCACUCUAGACAAUGAUACUUGAUUGUAUCUGACUUACUUUCAAAAGUCAAUUGGGGAUAAUCACCAGGAGACAAGAUGAUAACGCAGAAGUAGUGGGCAGUGCUACUUCAUUGUUGUUCGCGCAUGGCGUAAACCAGCAGCACCUCUUUGCCUUUUUUUCCCUAAAAGAGUGCCUGGCGAGGUCAUGCAGUUCUCACAUGACAAACAAAACUGAAUACUUAUCCGGAUGUUUGCUGAUGGAUGAUACAUGUGGGCCAUUAGGAAGAAUGUAGGAAGGGAAGGGAGGGGUGGGGGGGAGGUGGAGGGGGGGGCACAUUGCUGUCUUACUGAUUCGGACGAUGGUUCUAAUUUUGCUGUUCUGGCUGGUUGAGGGGGAUUGCAAUGUCAGCUGGAUCGUAAUCGCGAUAACACUUUUGAUGCCAGUGCCUGAGGCAGGAGGGACUGCGCUGUUGCAUUGCCUGACGUAAACCGGCCAAUCGCCCGCGGACGUUGCGAAGAACAGAAAUGCUUAACCUAGAGGGUCGAGAUCGUGAGGUGAGUGUUGUAUGUGUGAUGUAGGUUGCAAUUUGUUUCUUCUUUUCCGUCGACGACUCUCUCGUGGAUUGGAUGGAUGCUCUGGAGCGCUUAUUUUUUAUACAGCGGAAGGGGGAGAAGGGGGAGGCGUUGUCUGUUCCUUAGUUGGUGCGAGCUGCCAACUCAUCAGCGGGCCCCUGUUGUGAGCCAAAGCUGCUAGGGUUGUAACCGGUGCUGAGGACGAAGAAGUUAUCCUUGGCUUGUGCUUGUGUAGAUGACCACAAUGCAUGUGGCUUCAUUUCUGGGAAGGGCAUUUGGCCACCUCUCUCUCUCUCUCUCUCUCUCUCUCUCUCUCUCUCUCUCUCUCUCUCCACCUACCCUGCCUAAUGCAGAGCCAUUCGUCGCACGCACACAGGUGGUGUUUCUUCGGAAUGUAAUAUAAUUGCGACGUUCCAUUCUCUACCUCUCUCUUGGCCUCACUCUGUCCUUUCAUCAUUCUCUCUCUGCUGUGCUCAGUGGGGACAUGUAUGCGGUGGAUCUGCUGAGCAUUAUUACAUCCUUUUCGGACUUAUGGACCGAUUGAAUGGCUAUAUCAGGGUUUGGUUCCUUGAAUUACAUAGAAAAAAUAUACUAAGGGAUGUAGUCCGUUCGUGCUGAUUUCGUUCGUCGGGGGGUUUCAUUCGGACGGAUGCAUCACUGUGUAGAGGAUUUAACGGCCAUAGCAUUGAUUGGUAGUAGUUCUCAAUGUUUUGGUUUUCCAGAAUCUGAAGAAGAUUCUGUUCUGGCGAGUAGUAAUACUAUGUAUGGGGUAUUGAAUUGUGAGCGGCGGUCAGUGGCGUGUCGAAAGCGCGAGUGCACGGUGCUGGCGACGAACUGUGUACGCUUUCUGUCAAGGCCGAAGCUUGCGAGGGAGAACACAUCUGCUGUAGCGGAUGUGACGAGGGUGGAGAUCAGGUGUGGUUAUCGAUGAGGGUGGGGUAUAUGAUGUGAAUGGUUGGAUUUAGAGGACCUUUGUGCAUCGGUGAACAGAGGGAAUCUAAGGCAACAGUUAUUGCGCGUGUUGGUACGUAAGGAGUGGGCAGUUCGGGGAGUCGAGGGUGGUCCGGGGUAACGGGGGUAGUGUUGGGGUUCCUUUGCGCAUCAGUGGGAAUAUAUAUAUAUAUUGAAUUGAAGAUCUUGUAAGUAUUAAAUGGGUGUGGAGUUGUGGCAACAGAUGGGUAAAGGGAGAAGAGGAGGGGAUGGGGAGGAAGGCGGGGGGGAGGGGGGAGAGUCAGGUUUGUUGCCUGGAUUGACCCCCUUAAUCACCGAUCGGUUGGUUAUAAGGGGGUAUAUGGGCUUUCAUUCUUAGGCAUGGAUGACUGCCUUGGGACAUCUAACUAUCAUUAUGUGACGUUUGGUUUGUAAUUUUCUAUUUAAUAUUGCUGGUGGACGUACUACGGGUAGUGAAUAUCAUUGUUGUCGUCGUAGUUUCUGCUGGUGCAUAGCGUACACACGGAUCUGGCUGAACCCUUCUGUAUUAGGACGACUUCUGUCCCCGUGUGUGUGUCCAUGUGUCCAUGCUUCGGUGUCGGAGUGAGAGAUUUGCCGACAGGAAAUUUGUGUUGAGAGGGGGCGAAUGGAGAUGGGUGGUCCUAUUUUGUGAUGUUAUUGAUCUGGUGGAUGAACAGGGUAAUGUGUAUGGACUUCCUUCAUAGCUGCAAUUUGUGGGAGGUGAUGAUGGUUAUAACAGGGUGUGGUGACUUCCACUAAUAAGUAAUAAGGAUUGUAGGGACACUUGUAGACGUAGGACGGAAAGCAAUGUUGGUAUUUUCUCUGUUCUGAUGGAUUUCUCUUAUUGAGGGAGGUGGUUUUGUGCGAUCAAGGUGUCUGGUUGGCUGUAAAUCCGUCUAGGUGAUGCAGUCAGGCUGUCUUCGUCCCGUGGGUUUCGGGGAAGAGGCAUUGUGCUCCACCAUUUUCCUCACGUGUUUAGAACGUACGUAUGGUCAUUAUCGCUGUAUGGGGGCUACUUUCAGUCUAGAUACGGCUAAAAUGACCUUUACCAAAGUUCACGUUCUAUUUGGUGGAAGAGGGUUGUUGCCGUACGUAGAAAAUGAAUGACAAGGGUAUCUUCUUCCCAGGUCCGGCGGAAAGACACACUUCCUACUUCUCCCAAUUUGGUGAGUAGUCGAGCCGAACUAGGUGUAAACCUCUUUGCCAGUGGUGUUUGAUUGGGUUGUACUGUUGUCAUUUUUUGAAAGUGUGUGAGUGUGCAACUGUGUGUGACAGUGUGUGUGUGUGUGUGUGUGACAGUGUGUGUGACAGUGUGUGUGUGUGUGUGUGUGUGUGUGUGUGUGUGUGUGUGUGUGUGUGUGUGUGUGUGCGAUUUUCCCCUUGGUCAGACUGUGCUGUAUUAGGACGACUUUUAUCAGACUGUGCUGUAUUCGGACGACUUUGGUGUGAGAGUGUGUGUGUGUGUGUGUGUGAGAGAGAGAGAGAGAGAGGCGGGUCGGGCCGAUGUAAAUUGUGUAGCCUUUUCUGAAUGCUGUGAACACCACUACGGCCAGGUCGCAGCUUUCGAGGUUUUUAAUUCCUGAUCGUCGAUUAUGAAAAUUGUCGGCGAGAAAGAAAGAAUCUGACGCCUGUCGGACCUCGUGCCUGGAGUUGAUCGUGAAACAUGAUUGAAUACUCGUUAUGAUCAUUGCGAACACUGAAAGCUAAAGCCUAUUCAUUUUGACGUUGUGAAAGCUUUUGGGGCACCGACUGGCCUAGCGCGGUUGUUUACACACCCGAACUGUUGAAUUUUUUUUUUGAAAUACCGACCCAAGUCGGAACUGC